AUGGCUUCCUCUACAGUUAUCAAUGGUGUCCAAGGAGCACUUUUGGUGCUAGCCCUUCUGGUUUUUCUUGGGAAUAUUAUGAUGUGGAUCAUUAUGCCAACUGAUACUUAUUAUGAUAAAUGGCUACCACAUAUUCUGGCUGAUACAAAUUCAACUUUCUUUGGAAUACAAGGUCCAAUAAUGCUGGAUUUCACAUUCCCAAUUUUAUUCAUAGCUGCUGUGGGAUGUAUAUAUCUGCAUUUGGGAAAGAAAAGAACCAGUGACAGUAACAUAGCAAGCAAAAAAGGGGCUUACAAAUUCAAGUUCUUGAAGCGACCAAUGAUCAUCAAGGGGCUCGGAAUUGUUACAUUGACAGAGCUAGCUUUAUUCACUAUGUUCAUCGCUCUUGAUGUUUGGUAUUUCUCAUAUUAUGUGCGUUACUGGUUUACGCAAGUUCCUCUACUCCAAAUGCAACGACACGAAAAAGUGUGGCAAACCAAGUUCGAUAGAGUGGCCAUAGUUUUUGGCCUAGCGGGAAAUGUAUGUUUAACAUUUCUAUUCUAUCCAGUGACAAGAGGCUCAUCUAUUUUACCCAUGUUGGGGCUAACUUCUGAGGGUAGCAUCAAGUAUCAUAUGUGGCUUGGAAAUAUAGCCAUGACCCUCUUUACCAUUCAUGGUUCUCUUUAUAUUACCUACUGGACUCUCACUCAUAGAUUAUCAGAGAUGCUCAACUGGGAUCAACAUAAUGUGUCAAAUGUAGCUGGAGAAAUAGGCUUGUUAUGUGGAUUGUCUUUGUGGAUGACAACUUACCCUAAUAUAAGAAGAAAAAUGUUUGAGCUCUUCUUGUACACUCAUUAUCUCUACAUUCCCUUCAUCAUUUUCUUCAUUCUACACAUUGGAAUUGGUUUUGCAUGCAUUAUGCUCCCUGGUUUUUAUCUCUUUGUCAUCGAUCGCUACUUGAGGUUCUUACAGUCGAGACAAAAAGUCCGGCUUGUAUCUGCUCGUGUUCUACCGUGUGAAACUGUAGAAUUGAAUUUCUCAAAGGGUAGAGAUUUGAAUUACAGUCCAACAAGCACUAUGUUCAUAAAUGUUCCUAGCAUUUCAAAGCUGCAGUGGCAUCCUUUCACUGUUACUUCAAAUAGUAAUUUGGAACCUGAUAGGAUUAGUGUUGUCAUCAAAUGUGAAGGAAAUUGGACUAAAAAUCUCUAUGAUUUGAUUUCAUCUCCUUCUUCUUUGACGAAUCGUCGUCUUGAAGUUUCAGUUGAAGGACCAUAUGGACCUGCUGCUACAAAUUUUCUCAGGCAUGACAUGCUGGUGAUGGUCAGUGGAGGCAGUGGAAUCACCCCUUUCAUAUCAAUAAUCAGAGAGCUAAUCUACAUCAAUUCCACAUCUCAAUCCCACAACAUUCCUAAAUUAAAACUCAUCACUGUAUUCAAGAAUUCUUCACAUCUCUCCAUAUUAGACCUAAUUCUCCCAAUUUCUGGCAUUCCCUCAUCAGAAUCUUGCACCAAUUUAGACCUCCAGGUUGAAGCCUAUAUUACAAGAGAAAAAGGGAAUCCAAAAGACAAACUACAGACCCCACAAACUGUAUUUUUCAGGCCUAAACCUUCUGAUGCACCUAUAUACCCCACUUUAGGCCCCAAUAGUUGGCUUUGGCUAUGUGCAAUAAUUUCAUCAUCUUUUAUUGUUUUUCUUGUGCUUCUUGGAGUUUUCACUCAAUAUAUCAUUUACCCUAUUGAUCAAAACACCAAUAAGCUCUAUUCCUACCCCAAGAAGGCUUUGAUGAACAUGCUUUUCAUAUGUUCUUCGAUUGUUUUAAUGGCCACCGGUGCAUUUAUGUGGAACAAGAAACGGAAUUCAAGCGAAGCCAAGCAGAUUCUCGACAUGGAAGAUUCGGUGACUAGUGAAUCUUCAUUUGGCGGUGAUGAGAGAGAAUUGGAAAGCCUUCCUCAACAAUCAGUUAUCAAGUCUAUCAAUGUGCAUUAUGGUCAAAGGCCUGACCUCCAGAGAAUAUUGUUGGAGAACAAAGGAUCAAGCAUUGGUGUACUUGUUAGUGGACCUAAGAAAAUGAGACACGAUGUUGCAGCCAUAUGCUCUUCUGGUUUGGCAGAUAAUCUUCAUUUUGAGUCCAUCAGCUUCAGCUGGUGA